GGAAACACCCUCAAAAAAGGUGGUGGGUCAGAUUAAAUUCCAAAGGUGCAUGUAUUUCUAACUUUUCUAGGCUUUUGCAUUGGGGUUAUUACCACUUCCUUGGCAUCUAAUACCUUGGUAUUCGAAAAUUAUUACUUUAAUUCAUACCAGAAACAAUUACCAUGGCUGAAUCCUUUGCAUUCGAGAUCGCCGGAAAAGUAUUGGAGAAACUAGGGAGUGCUGCCUAUGAAAGAAUUAGCUUGGCAUGGGGUGUUCGAGAGGAGUUUGAAAAGCUUAAGUUGACCCUAGCUGCUAUCAGAGCUGUGGUCCUGGAUGCUGAACAACAACAGGCUCGUACCCAGGAGUUCAGUCUUUGGCUACAAAGGUUCAAAGAUGCUUGCUACGACGUGGACUAUUUGAUAGACGAGUUCGAGAUCGAAGCAUUGAGGAGGCAAGUCCUGGAACAGGGAAGCACUGGAAGUAAGGUACGCCAUUUCUUUUCUGGCUCAAACCCUUUGGCAUUUCGCUUUAGGAUGAGCUAUAAGAUCAAAAAGGCAAACGAGAUGUUGAAUGAGAUUGCAGCUAACAAGGCCAAGUUUCAUCUCACUGAAAAACAUGAGACUAAUGUCAUACAUCGUGAGAGGGAAACCUACUCCUUUGUUAAGACAUCUAGUGUCAUCGGUCGAGAUGAAGCUAAACAACACCUACAAAACUUCUUAAUGAAUCCAACUGAUGGGGAAGAUAUCCUUGUCCUUCCCAUAGUUGGGAUCAGAGGUAUCGGGAAAACUACCCUUGCCCAAUUGGUGUUUAAUGAGGAGAGUGUGAAGUCGCAUUUUGAAUUGAGAAUUUGGGUGUGUGUUACAGAGGAUUUUGACAUCAAACAACUGAUGAUAAAAAUCAUUAAAUCUGCCACUGGCAGAGAGUGCAAGGACAUGAAUAAGGAGGAAUUACAUAAAGUUUUACAAGAUUGUUUGAAUACUAAAAGAAUUUUUGUGGUCCUGGAUGAUGUCUGGAACGAGGACAAGAAGAAAUGGAUUGAGCUGAAAGAUUUGUUGUGUGGGGGAGCCCAAGGGAGUAGAAUCAUUGUCACAACUCGUAUCCGCAAUGUGGCUACAAUCACAGGCACAACACCUCUGUAUGAUUUAGAGCAUCUUUCUUAUGACAAUUGUCUAUCAUUGUUUCUUAAACUUGCCUUUAAAGAAGGUGAAGAGAAACAACAUGACAAUCUUGUAAGAAUCGGGGAAGGAAUUGUUCAAAAAUGCAAAGGGGUUGCUUUGGCCGUGAAGACUUUAGGCAGCUUACUCUGUUCAACUAGGGUACAACAUGAUUGGGAACUUGUGAGAGAUAGUGAGCUAUGGAAGUUGAAACAGGAGGAAAAUGACAUCUUGCCUGCUCUAAAACUAAGUUAUGAUCAUUUGCCCUGGUAUUUAAAGCAAUGUUUUGCUUUUUGUUCAGUUUUUCCAAAAGAUUUUGAAUUCAAUCAUCUCUAUUUGAUCUCCCUUUGGAUGGAAAAUGGCUUUUUGCAAUCACCAUACGAAAAUGAAGAGCCAGAAGAUAUUGGGAAUCGGUAUAUACAAGAGUUACUAUCAAGAUCUUUCUUCCAACAAGUUGAAGAGGAUAUUUUUGCUCCCAUCUUGAAAAUGCAUGAUUUAGUACAUGAUCUUGCAUUAUCAGUGGCGCAAAAUGAGGUGAAUUCAUGUAACCAUUAUUCGACUGGGAAUGUUCGACAUUUAUGGUUUGAUCUAUCGAAGCAGGAUGCUUCCCGGUUGCCAAAUAACUUGGGCUGUCUGCAAUCACUUUUCUUAUCAAAUGAAGAAGGCAAGGCUGAUAACGAAUCUCUUAUUGCAGAAAUCAUCUCAAGGUCUAAACAUUUGAGGGUGUUAGAUUUGUCUGAGUGUAGUUUAGAGCAAUUGCCAAACAACAUAAGUUAUUUAAAGCAGUUGAGAUAUUUGAACCUAGCCUACAAUGGAAAUAUUAAAAGACUUCCAAAUUCCAUUUGCAAUUUGCAGAGUUUGCAAACACUUGACUUUUUUGGAUGCAGGGGAAUUGAAGAGUUACCAAAAGACAUAAGGUACCUGAUUAGCCUUAGAGAAUUAAUAGUAACAACAAAACAGACGCGUUUGCAAGAGAAUGGAAUAUCGUGCCUCACUUGUCUUCGAAGGUUGAUCUUUUCUGAAUGUGAAAAUUUAGAAAAGUUGUUUGAAGACAUUCAAAACCUAACAUCUCUCCGAGAAUUGAACAUACGUCAAUGCCACAACUUGGUUUCAUUGCCACAAGGUUUAAAAUACCUACCUAAAUUAGAAAGUUUGGAAAUCUCUGAUUGUGAAAAGCUUGAUCUCACUAUGGAGGAGUUGGAACUUGAGAGGGAAGAAGGUGGUAGCCUUAGAAAUUUGUGGAUCGGAGGAGUGCCAAAGCUGGAGUCACUACCCCAAUGGAUUCUUCUAGGAUCCAUCAGAACUUUGCAGGAUCUGAACAUCCGCAACUUGAAGAAUCUCUCGACGUUACCAACAUGGUUCCAACAUCUCACAUCGCUUCAAAGUCUUGAAAUUUCAAAUUGCCCAAGGUUGUCGUCUCUACCAGAAGGGAUGCAACGCCUCACUGCACUCAAAGGAUUAGAGAUUAGAGGGUGUCCAAAAUUAAACAAAAGAUGCAUUAAAGAAACCGGUGAAGACUGCCCUAAGAUUGCUCAUGUCCCUGACUUUCAUUGUGAUGACUGGGAGACAACAACAGAUGAGGAAUAGAUAAGUAGCAGGUCAAAUUUAAAGAGGUUGAAAUUAUCUGUGGUGCUUUCCCAUAUAUUUCUAAGACCUGUUUUACCCUCUCUCCCAACGUCUUUGCCCCCAAAUGAAAUCAAAGAAACUCUGAAAACCAAAGAACGGGAAAACACUUGGAUACUAACCAUUUUGUUUGGAAGCCAUGAAAAGGGUUUUGUUCAGAGGCAUUUCACUCACUACUCGCAAUAUUUUUCACUCUUAUACCAAAACCCAGUUCAGCCGUUCAACCCACUCGCCGCUUCAACUCGGUCUCGACUCAGGUUCUACUCAUCCGAAUCGGAUUCUCCCGUUGAAAAGAAGCUUGACCCUGUUAUAGAAUCUGCUUCAGUAGCUGAAGCCCAUGUCAAGGAUGUAGCUUUGCCCGUUGAGGAUGUGAGUAAUAAAGGUUCAUGGGUUCUCCGACUUGCGAUCUCAUUAGAUAUGCUGAUGGAAAUUUGGGGAACAAUGGUGUAACCAACUUGAGUUCCCCUGCUAGGAAUGAUAAAUCAAUCUAUCAUCAUAAGUGGUGAGAGUGGAGCAGGAAAAACUGAGACAGCAAAGAUAGCAAUGCAAUAUUUGGCAGUUCUUGGUGGUGGGAGUGGAAUAGAGUAUGAAAUCUUGAAGACCAAUCCUAUCCUAGAAGCAUUUGGUAAUGCAAAAACAUUGAGAAAUGACAACUCAAGCCGUUUUGUCUAUGGUCUAUGGUAUAUGCAGCAAUUCAUCAUGUGCAUUUUUUAGGCUAUUAGUAAAAGAUGUUGUUAGAUUAAGCUGUGUUGUGGAUCCUCUGAGUUGUACAUGUUGCUUUUGUUGAAGAGCCAAGCCUUUUUCAUUUUCUGUGCUGUCAUAUUGCCAUGUAUUCACAUACAAGCCUUCUAUAUUUUUCUUAUUUCAGGGGCUACAGAUUUUAGCAAUUGAUUGAACUUAAUUUUAAAGCACAAGUUUGAAUGAA